UCUUCUUCUCCUCUGACUUCUUCCCCUUCUUCUUCUUCUUAUUUUCCUUCUUCUUAUUCUUCCUCUUCUUGUUAUACUUAUUCUCCUUCUCCUUUUUCUCCUUAUUCUCCAUCUUCUUGUUCUCGUAGUUAUUCUUCUCCCUUUUUUCCUUCUCCUCCUUCUUCUUCGCUUUAUUCUUCUUCUUCUUCUUGGUAUCCUUCUUCUUCUUCUCCUUUUUCCUCUUCUCCUUCUUCUCUUUCUCCUUCUCUCUCUCCUCCUUUUUCUUCUUCUUCAUCAUUUUAUUCUCCUUCUUUUCUUCUCCGCCUGCUCCUCGUUCUUUUUCUUCUUCUUCAUCUUCUUCUUUUCCUUGUUAUUAUUCUCCUCCUCCUUAAUCUCUUUCUCCUUCUUCUUCUUCUUCUUCUUCUUCUCUAUAUUUUUUUUAUUCUUGCUAUCCUUCUUAUUCUUAUUCUUCUUUUCCUUCUUCUUCUUCUCUUUCUCAUUCUUCUUCUUCUUCUUCUUCAUAAUCUUCUCCUUCUUUCCUCCUUCUCCUCGUUCUUCUUCUUCUUGCCUUCUUUCUCAUUUUUCUCCUACUCGUUCUUCUUCUUCUCCUCCUUCUUAUUAUUCUCUUCUAUCUUCUUCUUAUUCCUUUUCUGUUUUUUCUUCCCUUUCAUAUUCUCAUUCUUCUUCUUCUCCUCUUUCUUCUUCUUCUCCUUCUCCUUUUUCUUCUUCAUCAUAAUUUUCUUCUCCUUCUUUUCUUCUCCUCCAUCUCCUCCUUAUUAUUUUUCUCCUUCUUCUCUUUCACUUUCUUCUUGCAAUCUUUCUUUUUCUUCUCCUACUGGUUCUUCUUCUUCUCCUCCCCCUCCUCCUUCUUGUUAUCCUUCUUCUCCUUCUUCGUCUUCUCUUUUUUCUGCCCGUUCUUCUUCUUAUUAUUAUUAUCUUUCUUCUCCUUCGUCUUCUCUUUCUUCUUCUCCUCCCUCAUCUUCUUUUCCUUCUUCUCCUUCUACUUCUCCUUCUUCUUUUUUUAUUCUCCUCCUUUUCUCCUCGUUCUUCUUCUCCAUCAUCUUCUCCUCCUUUUUUUCUUCUCAUUCUCCUCGUUCUGCUUUUUCUUGCUUUAUUUCUCCUUUUUCUCCUACUUGUUCUUCUUCUCCUCCUCCUCCUUCUCCUUUUUCUUCUUCUUCUUACUCUUCUCUUUUUUCUUCCCUUUCUUAUUCCUGUUCUCUUUCUUCUUCUUGUUCUCUUUCUUCUUUUUCUCCUUCUUCUCUUUCUCCUUCUUCUACUUUUUCUUCUUAA